AUGGAGCGCUAUAUGAAACCGAACAGACUGAGUGUUGAUCCUAGUGCUGCGGAUGCUGACAGAACUUAUAAACAUUGGUUUCGUACGUUUGAAAACUUUAUACAUUCGUUAAGUGGUCCUGAGAGCAUAGCAUUUAAUAAGUUGAACCUUUUAAUAAAUUAUAUCGAUCCGAACAUAUACAAGUAUAUAUCAGAAUGUGAUGACUUUGAGAACGCAAUACAGACAUUGAAGGAACUUUAUGUAAAACCAAAUAGUGUAAUUCUUGCUAGACAUGUAUUAUCCACGAGAAAACAAAAGGCUAGCAAAACUCUCGACCAAUUUUUGAAUGAAUUAAAAACCCUUGCUAAAGAAUGCGACUUUCAUCCUGUGAGUGCAGAGGAAUAUAAAUCGGAAAUGAUUCGAGAUGCAUUUAUUAAUAGACUUUCCUCUAAUAUCAUCCGCCAAAGGCUACUUGAAAAUAGGACACUUGACCUGCAAACCGCAUUUGAUAAAGCUCGUGCCCUGGAUGUAGCCCAGCAGAGCUCCAGUGUUUAUUCACAGCAACAUACAUUCACCGAAAUUACAGCUGCAUUGCCGUCAAACUUAGACAUUUCAACGAAAACUGACGCAUCGAAUAAACCCUCGAACCAGGGUUUUUGUUGUUUUUGUGGUAACACACGACACCCACGAAGUAAGUGUCCGGCUCAUAAAGCAAUUUGUCACAAGUGUAAGAAAGUAGGUCAUUUUGAAAAGCUCUGUCGCUCUACACCAGCUGUUGCUCCAAUACCUAGUUAUGACGAUGAUUUCUUUAUCGGCGCCAUUACAGCCCCAACAAAGUUGUCACCAGUUUUGAUAAAUGAUACAUACAAAGCAGAAGCAUUAAUUGACAGUGGAUGUACAGACAAAAGUUUUAUUGGUGAACGAUUGAGCAAAACAUUGAAUUUAAGAGUAACACCAGCCCCUAGCAUGGUUGAAAUGGCUUUAACCGCAUUAUCCACUAAAUCAAUCGCUUAUUGCCAAGUAUCGCUGGCACCUAAAAAUCGUCUGUGA